CCGCCGUCUCCCCAAAGGAGCGGUUGCUCCUCUUCGCGCCUCCUCCACCGCCGCUCCCGCGGAGCUACUCUCCCGCGCAUCGCUUCCCCGAUGGAGCUCGGGCGCCGCCGACGCCGCCGCUGCCCCGAGCCCUGAGCCCCGCCACCCGCCGGGAGGAACGCACCGACCCGAGGGUGCAGGGCGCCCAGGCGCACGCAGAGGGCAGGGGGCUGCGAGGCGUGCGGGGCACGGGCUCUGGGAACCACAAAGUGCUGCUCUCUCAGGUCACCUGGCCGCCGGUGGGGGGGACCAUGGCUCUGAAGGACACCGGUAGCAGCAGCAGCACCAUCCUGCCAAUUAGCGAGAUGGUCUCCUCGUCCAGCUCACCCGGCGCUUCGGCAGCCGCCGCCCCGGGGCCCUGCGCACCCUCGCCCUUCCCCGAGGUGGUGGAGCUGAACGUGGGCGGCCAGGUCUAUGUGACCAAGCACUCCACGCUGCUCAGCGUCCCAGACAGCACUUUGGCCAGUAUGUUCUCGCCUUCUAGUCCCCGGGGCGGCGCCCGGCGCCGGGGCGAGCUGCCCAGGGACAGCCGGGCGCGCUUCUUCAUCGACCGGGACGGCUUUCUGUUCAGGUACGUGCUGGAUUAUUUGCGGGACAAGCAGCUGGCGCUGCCCGAGCACUUCCCGGAGAAGGAGCGGCUUCUGCGCGAAGCCGAGUACUUCCAGCUCACCGACCUGGUCAAGCUGCUGUCGCCCAAGGUCACUAAGCAGAACUCGCUCAACGAUGAGGGUUGCCAGAGCGACCUGGAGGACAACGUUUCUCAGGGCAGCAGCGAUGCGCUGCUGUUGCGAGGGGCCUCAGCCGCCGCGCCCUCGGGCCCAGGAGCGCACGGCGGCGGUAGCGGCGGCGCCGCGCUGGACAAGCGCUCGGGCUUCCUCACACUGGGCUACCGCGGCUCCUACACCACCGUGCGCGACAACCAGGCAGAUGCCAAAUUCCGGCGUGUGGCACGCAUCAUGGUGUGCGGGCGUAUAGCUUUGGCCAAGGAGGUCUUUGGGGACACGCUCAACGAAAGCCGCGACCCCGAUCGGCAGCCUGAGAAGUACACGUCCCGCUUCUACCUCAAGUUUACCUACUUGGAGCAGGCUUUCGAUCGCCUGUCCGAGGCCGGCUUCCACAUGGUGGCAUGUAACUCCUCAGGCACCGCCGCCUUCGUCAACCAAUACCGCGAUGACAAGAUCUGGAGCAGCUACACUGAGUACAUCUUCUUCCGACCACCUCAGAAAAUAGUGUCACCUAAACAAGAACACGAAGACAGAAAACACGACAAAGUGACAGAUAAAGGAAGUGAAAGUGGGACUUCCUGUAAUGAGCUCUCUACUUCCAGCUGUGACAGCCACUCAGAGGCCAGCACUCCCCAGGACAACCCGCCCAAUGCCCAGCAGGCUACAGCUCACCAACCUAACACCUUAACAUUGGAUCGUCCCUCCAAAAAAGCCCCUGUGCAAUGGAUGCCCCCACCUGAUAAACGCAGAAACAGUGAACUCUUUCAGACACUCAUCAGCAAGUCCCGAGAAACAAAUCUUUCCAAAAAGAAAGUCUGUGAGAAGCUAAGUGUGGAAGAAGAAAUGAAAAAGUGUAUUCAAGAUUUUAAAAAAAUCCACAUUCCAGAUUAUUUCCCAGAGCGCAAACGCCAAUGGCAAUCUGAACUCUUGCAGAAGUAUGGGUUAUAGUGAUGAUCACAUCCCUUGGGUAUUUCGAUGACAUUUGAUGUUUACUAGUGUCGCCACCUGACUGAUGGUCAGUGUGAUUCUUGCUGCUCUUCCUUAUUGUGAACAGUGGAUGUGGGACAGUAUUUUUUUUUCCUUUUUUUCUUUUUCUGGUGGUUGUUACUUUUAGAAACCAUUCAAAAAAUGAAUCCAAUAAAAGUUGCGUCAAAAUGGUGUAUCUAUCAGAUUCAAAUCGUGUUGCAAGAAUGAAAGUAAAAUGUGCAUGAUCAAGAAGCUUAGAAUCUUGAUUUUUGAACUGUGGUCAACUGGACAUGCUUGUCAUUUUGUAACUUACCAAAAACAAAUCAUCAUAUCACACCAACUGAAAUGACAAUAUGGAUGAAGCAACAUCAAUUAAAAUUUCAGAGGAUGGUUUUAAUAUCCAAAUCUAAAACUGUUUAAAUGUCAGUGCAAUAAAACAAGUAUUAUUUUUUUGCAUGAGCACAAUGUUACAAAUACAUUACAAGAAAUAGGGAAGAUCUGUGUGUUGCUUGGAAAGAAAAAAAAUUAUAAAAUAUUAAGCAAAAAAAAAAAGUUUCAGGCAAAGCCUAUAAAUGUAAGCUGUCUAGGAGAUUGAGUUUUCUUUGUUCUGGAUAUGUGUUUUUGUUUUUUUUUUUUAAUGUGUAUGUGUAUGGUAUUUCUGUAUGUUAAGAUGGUGUAAAUAUGCCUUAUACUAUUGUGUUACUACAUUGACAUUCAUCUAUUAAUGCUAGUCAUGAUGAUUUCUGUGAAACGAGUAUUUUACAUCAGGCUGUAAAAAUCGGUAUAAUGAUGGUCUGAAAGAUCCUAUUAUCAUGUUAUUCAAAAUAAUUGAGGGAAAUGGUAAAGAGCUUUAUGUAUUUAUUAAAAAAAGGAAAAUGUAUUAGAA